AUGGCGAGAAGACGGCGAGGCCCGUCGUCCCGCCUCAGGCUGUUGGAGCGAUGUCUGAGGGACCUCGACGGGGCCACGGCCAGGCCCGAGCUGUUUCUCAGUGUGCAAGAUGGACUGGCUUCAAAUUUCACUUCUUUAACUAAAACCCUCUACGAUUUACACAAAACGAUCUUUUCGCGCCUCGGGAGCCCUUUGAAAACCCUCACAGUUAAAAACUUUGACGAUGAGCAAAUCUGGCAACAGCUAGAGCUGCAGAACGAUGCCAUUUUACAGCACUUUAAGAGCGCUGUCAACAGAAGCCUCACGGAUGAAAAGCUUUGCCUCCUCCCGGCAACUAAAAAUGAUGUUGUCUCAAAAAUGGAGGCUGGCCGCAAAGAAGACACAGGGCAGAAGAAAGAGUCCCACCUGAAACCUGGUAGUUUGGGGGAAAAAAAAGGAGGCGAUAAAAAAAAAAAUGAAAGGGAAGCCAAUUUGGCAGAAAACUCAACAUCCGAUGAAGAGGCUGCCGAUCUUGACUUCGAUAUUGACAAGCUACAAAGUCAAAUCAAGAAAACCAAGGUGUUUGUCAAGCGGAGAGAGAAAUCCAUAGUGGAUGAUAAAUUUUUCAAGCUGUCUGAGAUGGAUGCUUAUUUAGAACAUGUGGAGAAAGACGAAGAGAAAGGGGAUGGUGAGAGGGAUAUUGAAGAUGAAAUCGAUUAUUUUGAAGAUAUUCAUUCCGAUGACGAGGGGCUAUUUGAAGACAAAAAUAGAAAGUCAGCUGAAAGUGCUAGAAAUCUGACCUAUAAGGAUUUCUUUGACCCAGUUGAAAGUGAUGAAGAUGUAGCUAGCGAUCCUCAAAUGAGUGAAGAUUUUGGAGAGGAAGAUGGUUCUGUGGAAGGAAUGUCUGAAGAGGAUGAAGAGGAAAUCAAAGAAAACAAAGACAAAAAACAACAGAGAGAAGCUUUGAAAAGAGUUAGCUUCGCUUUGCCUGAGGAGGACGGUGAUGAUGAUAUCAGUGACGAAGAUGAUGAUGAAGAUGAGGAAGAUGAAGAAAUCAAAGAAGAUACAGAUAGGCUUGGAAAGGAAAAACACUCUGUAGUAAAAUCUUCCUUUGAAAAACGAGAGGAAAAGAUGACAGAGAGAAUUAAAUCGUUGGAGAAAGAAUUGUUGGAACCAAAGCCUUGGCAGCUACAAGGAGAAGUGACUGGACAAAAGAGACCAGAAAACAGCCUUCUAGAAGAAACCUUACAUUUCGACCACGCAGUCAGGAUGGCUCCUGUGAUCACGGAGGAAACUACUUUCCAACUUGAAGAUAUGAUCAAGCAAAGGAUAAGAGAUCAGGCAUGGGACGAUGUAGUUCGUAAAGAAAAACCCAAAGAGGAGGCAUUUGAAUACAAGAAGCGUUUAACUUUGGAUCAUGAAAAGAGUAAACUGAGCCUUGCGGAAAUUUACGAGCAAGAGUAUCUGAAACUUCACCAGGAAAAGACAGAAGAAGAGGAGGAAAACCCUGAACACGUAGAAAUUCAGAAGAUGAUGGAUUCACUCUUCCUAAAAUUGGAUGCUCUUUCUAACUUCCACUUCACGCCUAAACCACCCGUUCCGGAGAUUAAAGUUGUCUCCAACCUUCCUGCCAUAAGUAUGGAGGAAGUAGCACCGGUCAGCGUAAGUGACGCGGCACUCCUGGCUCCAGAAGAAGUGAAGGAAAAGAACAAAGCCGGAGAUAUAAAAACAAGUGCCGAAAUGACCGCCACGGACAAGAAACGAGAGAGAAGAAAGAAGAAACUACGUAAGCGUAUGAAAUUAAAAGAGAAGGAACGGAGGCAGAAACUACUGGCACAGACAAAACCAGAGUUGGCCAAGAAAUUCAACAAAAAUGUUGCUUCGGCACAACUGAAGAAGCUAACCAAAGCCGGCAAAGCAUCUCUGCUUAAGGAUGAAGGAAAAGAUAAGGCAUUGAAGUCAUCUCAAGCGUUCUUUUCUCAACUACAAGAUCAAGUGAAAAUGCAAAUCAGAGAAGGAAAGAAAGUACCAAAGAAACGGAAGCAACAAGAAAUGUCCGUUCGAAAGCUGAAACUUUAAUACGUUUUGAUGGCAUAAUGUAAAUAUUAAAGGAAGCCUAUGUUUCUUAAAGCA